AUGGGCGCCGCAGGUGUGAUCUCCCUGACGGCAGUACUUCUGUGGACGCUGGCAUCUGCUCAGCAGUACAAAGAAGCCGUCGACUUGACCAUGCAGAACCACGACCAGAUCAUGGCCAGCGCUCAGGUUUGAUUUCAGUUAUACUGACCGGAUUGCUUCCUUAAGGUUCUCUCAAAGUUUGAAAAGUCAUGAAAUUCUUGAAAAAUUUUGAAACGGUUGGACGUUCCAUUAUGGCUGUAUUUUCGACACUAAAAAAACCAUUUUGAAAAAAAAAGGGAGGAUUCCUGUUUUCAUUUGAUCUUGCUAGUGUAUUUGGACAUGAAAGAAGGAAGAAUUUGAAAAAUAGAGGGGAUAAAUCUUCUUUUUUUUGUGCUUCAAAAAAAAACCUUCAGUUUUGAUUGGUUCACUUUUAUUUUAAGCUUUCAAAUUUUUUUUUUUGAAAAGAGUGACACUGGAAAAAUGCCGCUGAGUCUGAUGAAACAGUUUUGAGAAAGACUUUGUUUUCUGAUACCUUUUUCUAACUUAUGAACUUCCUUGAAAGCUUCUUUGUCGCAAGCCCUUAAUAAAAUUCCUUGAAGGUCGUUUUCGUGGCAUUCUGCGCGGAUUGGUGUCCGUUUUCAAGACGACUCAAGCCCGUCUUCGAGGAAUCGGCCGUGACGUUCCAUCGCGAGAAUCCGACGGCUUCUGUCAUCUGGGCCAUCGUCGACAGUCAACGUCAAGUUCGUUUCCUUGGGGAUUUUUUGGUUCUUCUCCUUAAAAACUUCUAGAUGACGUCAUGGAUAGAUUGGAAUGACGUCAUUGACAGAAAAAAUAAUAAAACUUACCCAUGAACCCAUUUUUUCCAAACUUUUAUUCUGGUUCUUCUCAUUGUUUCAAAAAUGUGCUUAGUUUUUUCUAAAUGAUACCCGAAAUCAUUCUUAAUGACGUCAUUGAUAGAAUGCUUAAAUUUUUCGAAAUGACGUCAUGAAUUUCUUUUUAUGACGUCAUUGACAAAACCCUGCUUGAGCUCACCCUCAAAUUCGAAUUUUUCAAACUUGUUUCAUUAGUUUUCUUUUUUGAAGAAAUUUUUUGAGAUGGUGCUUGAAAUGUUUUCAAUGACGUCAUUGACGUAACCUGGGCAGUUUUACCUUUAAAUUGAGAGUUGUUCUCAUCGAUUUUUUGGCUGAAUGCACCUUUUUGACGUUUUAUUAUCUCCAUAAAUGGCUCAUCAAUCAUCCAAAAUUUUUCAGGCCGACGUUGGCGAGAAAUAUUUCGUGAACAAGUACCCGACAAUGAAAGUCUUCGUCAAUGGAGAGCUCAAUCAGAAGGAGUAUAGGUAAGAUUUUCCCAGCUUUUUCCAAGAACCACAUCUUUUUUUAGGUCUACGAGAUCAGUAGAGGCACUAACCAACUUCGUCAAGUACCAGCUUUCCACCGCAAUCAACGAGUUCUCGUCGGAACAUCAGCUCGAGGCGGCGCUGGAUCGGACCAAAAGGAAUAUCAUUGCCACCAUGCGGAAAGAUGGACCCGACUAUGCCAACCUCAAGGUUUCGAACUUCGAAAUUUUUCGUGGUUCCUAAAUUAAUUUUCAAUGGCCUCUUUAGAAGGCACUCCAGGAACUAGUUUUUUUCAGUCCAAAGAUUCUAUUCACUUUAGGAGUUUUAGUGUUUAUCUUUCUAGGUAAUAUUUUUUUCAAGAAAUCUUCUCGAUGAAGUGUUAAAUUCACGAAAUUUCAGAAAGUGGCCUCGCUUCUGCGAGAAGACUGCACCUUCUGGGUGCCAACAGACGAGCUCGGAGCUCAGAAUUCCGAGAAGAAGCUGGAGUACCUCGACCCCGACUCUGCUGAGAAGCAAUUGGUGGGUCAAUCAGGUUUCUGUGUUAAACGGGGGCUCACAACUCUAAGAAUAGACGUCUACACAGAUAACAGCAGGAAUCUCAAUUUAGACCUGCCAAGAGUAUUUGGGCAAUUUUUUGAAAAAUUCCAAGAAAACCACCCUUGUUAAACCUUUUUGAAGUUUCAUACACAGCUGAAAAGAAGGAUCUUCUUCCAUUUUUGUUUGUUUUUCUUUCAGUACUCUGGAAAAUUGGACGACUACGAGUUCCUGAAGCAGUGGGUUACUGACAAGUGCAUUCCGCUCGUUCGGUUGGUCUUUUUUUUACCGACUUUCGAUAAAUUGUUUAUUGAAGUUCCGUACUGUGUGAUCUGGAUUUGAUUUGAGUCAUUUUCAUCCAAUCCUGAGUUUUGAAUUUUGAGAAAUACCGAUUAGAGAUUGCUGGAUUUUUGGCUUUUCAAGACUUUCCAAAGUUGAGGCAUUAUUUUUUUUUUUCGGCGAGGUUGCCUUCGAAAAUGUGGAAUAUUUGAGUAAUGUUCCUGAUUUUCCUUGCAAAAACUGGAAUUUUUAACUUACAGUCCAAUUUUAAGAAGAGUUUUGGAGUUCUCGGUUUUCUAAGGUUCCCAAAAUUGAAACUGAUUUUUUUCAGUGAGGUUACUUCCAAAAAAGUGAGAGAUUUGAGUCAUUUUCCUAAAAAACGGAUGUUUUGAUUUAAAUACACGAUUUUAAGAAGGCUAUUGAAAUUCUAGGAUUUUUUUAUGGUUGCUUGAAGUUGAGCCAUUUAUUUUUUUCAGUGAGGUUACUUUCGAAAAUGUAAAAUACUCGAGUCGUUUUUCCUACGAAAACACUAAAAAAAUUUUUUUGAUUUAAAUUUAAAUUUUGAGUUCACAGCUUGAUUCUGAAAAAGAGUUAUAGAACCCAAGGGUUUUUCAAAGCUACCCAUAUUUGAGCCAUAUCUUUUUUUUGAGUGAGGUUACUUUCGAAAAUGUGGAAGAGCUGACUGAAGAAGGAAUGCCGUUCCUCAUCUAUUUCCGCGAUCCGAACGAUCGCAGCGGCGACAAAGCCUUCGCCGACGUCGUUAGUUCAUUUCACACCUUCAAGCUGAAAUUCGCACUUGAAACAGACGAAAAAGGUACAUUUUCAGGUGGCUAGGGAGCUCUAUGACCAGCGAUCCUCCAUCAAUCCGCUCUUGGCCGACGGAUUCAAGUUUGCGCAUCCUUUGAAGGUAUAUUCAAGUUUCAUUUUUUUGUUUUAAAAAAAUGAAAUGGUUAGAUAAAAAAAUCAAUAAUGAAAAAUUUUUUUUUACGAAAAUUGUUGAAAUUCUAAAUAGCUUGUAUUUUUUUCAAGGUGCUGUAUGAUCCAUGCAAAUUUGAAAAAAAAUUUGAAAUUAAAUUUAAAGGAGCAGGAGUUGCGCACCAAGCGGUAUUUUGAAGCGAAAAAUGACGCUCAAGUUGAUUUUCAUAGUUAGAAAAUUGAGUUACAAGCAAAAAGCUUAGUUUUUCUCACAGUUAAUUCAUCGGCUGAAUAGAGAAGGUUCUAGUUUUUAUAAAGCUUAAUAAUUGAAAAAUAUGAAAAAUUAGGUCUAAUUUAAAUUUUCAAUAAGUAACGGGUGGGAAAAGGCGUAUAAAAAACAACAUUCAAGAAAUCGGUCGCAAAAUGCGUUUUUAAAUGAAGAGGCCGUCAUUCAGCCCCAAAAAAAAUUAAGAAAAAAUGUUUUUCAAGUUUUUGAAACGUUUCUCAACUCAUUGAGUUAUAUUGUUUUUUGGGUUUUUGUACAUUUUUAGUGUUGCAGCACCUCGGAAAAACGAAAGAAGACCUGCCAGUUCUGGCGAUCGACUCGUUCCAGCACAUGUACCUGUUCUCCGACAUGACCCAAAUGAACACUCCCGGAAAACUGCGCGAGGUUUUCCGGCUUUUUUGGAAAGCUUUAUCAUUUUUUCCGUUGCAGUUUGUGAUGGACUUGCAUUCCGGCAAGCUCCACAGAGAGUUCCACGAGAACAUGGAUCAGAGAAUGAUCGACCUGGCCAAGGCGAAGGCCGCCCGGGGAAUCACCGAUGAUCACGGAGCUCAGGUGAAAACAUUUCCUUUUUUGUUCAACGAGAAAAUGCGCCAAUUUUAAUGGUUGGUUUUUCUAGAAAACGAAAAAAAAAGACUCAAGAAGAUAACUACUUCAAGGUUGGGAAAAUAUCGCUUUUCAGGCCCCAGCCGCUCGGCCAGAAGAAACUACACCUCCACCCUCCGUCUUCAAGGAGCUCAAGCCGAGUGACAAGCGUUAUUCGAUCCUUCAAAAAACCGAACUGUAG